GGAAGAUGACACGGUUAACGGUUCAAAUGAUUUUCCUAGCUGUCCUUGUAACUUUCGUGGCGUGCAACGCGCCGCCCGUACCGUUAGAUGACAUCGUGAUAGAGAAGACUUUCACCCCGGAGCGCUGUGAUCGUAUGGUGAAACCGGGAGACUUUGUUCGGUAUCAUUAUAUAGGCACGUUCCCCGAUGGAAAAAAGUUUGACUCUAGUUAUGAUCGUGGCACCACCUAUAAUGUGUUGGUUGGCCGGAAGAAGUUGAUCGCUGGAAUGGACAAAGCUUUGGAGGGCAUGUGUGUUAACGAAAGAUGGACGAUCAAAAUUCCUCCACAGCUUGCCUAUGGAAAGAAUGGCUAUGGUGACAUUAUACCUGCAGAUUCCAUCCUCCACUUUGAUGUGUUAAUGUUGGACAUUUGGAACACAGAGGAUAAGGUGCAGAAACAAACCUACUAUAAACCAGAGAGCUGCAAUCGCACUGUGGAAGUAUCAGAUUAUGUACGUUACCACUACAAUGGUACUCUGCUUGAUGGCACACUUUUCGACUCCAGUCACACACGUAUGCGCACCUACGACACUUAUGUGGGUAUUGGCUGGCUUAUUGCUGGAAUGGACCAGGGACUUCUGGGAAUGUGUGUGGGAGAAAAGCGCUUCAUCACUAUACCACCUUUCCUUGGCUACGGAGAGAAUGGGGACGGAAGUGAUAUCCCUGGUCAGGCCUCACUGGUGUUUGAUGUGGUUCUGUUGGAUCUUCAUAACCCCAAAGAUGAAAUCACAGUUGACGUACAAAGCCUCCCAGAUCCAUGUCCACGCAAGAGCAAAGUUGGAGACUUCAUGCGCUACCAUUAUAACGGAACGCUGCUUGACGGGACAUUCUUUGACUCCAGUUACUCGAGGAAUCACACCUAUGACACAUACAUUGGGAAAGGCUACGUGAUCGCAGGAAUGGAUCAGGGUCUUAUGGAUGUGUGUAUUGGAGAGCGCAGGAGGAUUACUAUACCCCCACACCUGGGGUAUGGAGAAGAGGGCACAGGAACUAAUAUCCCUGGAUCAGCUGUGCUGGUGUUUGAUAUCCAUAUUAUUGAUUUCCACAAUCCAUCUGACACAGUCGAGAUCUCAGGUGUAAAGCCAGAAAAAUGCACCUACCAGGCGAAACAAGGUGACUUUGUCAAAUACCACUACAACGCCACGCUCAUGGACGGCACUCACAUCGGCUCCACAAAUACCUUUGGAAAGACCUAUAAUGUGGUUCUGGGUGCUGGACAGGUGGUCAUAGGCAUGGAGCAAGGGCUUUUGGGAAUGUGUGUUGGAGAGAAACGCAAGCUUGUUAUUCCACCUCAUCUUGCCUAUGGAGAGAGGGGAGUAGAUGGCGAGGUUCCUGGCAGUGCUGUGCUUGUGUUUGAUGUUGAGAUGAUAGAGAUGGAGGAGGGUCUUCCUGAAGGAUACAUGUUUGUGUGGAACGGCGAGGUCUCACCUGACCUCUUCAGUGAGAUGGAUAAGAACAAAGACAAAGAGGUGGACCGUACUGAGUUUUCAGAGUACAUCCUCCAGCAGGUGGAAGACGGCAAAGGUCGUCUUGCGCCAGGUUUUGAUCAGCAGCGUAUCAUGGAUAACAUGUAUGAUAACCAGGAUCGCAAUAAAGAUGGAAAAAUCACUGAGACAGAGUUUAAACUUAAGGCAGAUGAACCUGUUCAUGAUGAGUUAUGAGGGCAGACUCGGGGUCAUGAUUUGUUGUGUGGUUUAAUUUUAUAAUUAUUGGGAGGGAAAUAAUGAUGUUGGAUUUUUAAGUGAAAUGUCGCUCAGUGCUAUUGACUUGAUGUUUGUCUGAGAGAUGUGCAUGUGUGGGUGUGUUUUAUUGUGUUUAGAUGAUUUUUUUGUAUGUGUCUGAAUGUGCGUGUAAAUUUGGAGUGAUAUGUGCAAAACAUUACUUUGUACUUUGUAAAAAAAAUCCCUUAAAAUAAACACAUUCCAACCCCCAA